AUGGUGAACCCCAACAUCUGGGCCUCAGAACUGAGGAUGUCCAAACCCCUGGAGCUGGAGAAGGAGCCGGGGGAGCGCCCGGAGCCAGAGCCCGAUGGACCCGACACGAACCAGGCCCAGCCGAAGCCCCUCCCCCCCUUCGGCCCCGCCCCCCCCGGCCCCGGCGCCAAGCUGGCCGCCCUCCUCCCCUCCCCCCCCCAGCUCCUGGCCCAGGCUCAGCUCUUGGCGGCCGCGGCCGCGCAGCUCCCGCAGGGCCCCUCCCCCACCCCGCCCGCGCCCGCCCCUCCCCCACCCCCCGCGGGGACCCCGCCCGCCCCUCCCCCACCCCCCGCGCUGCCGCUGCCGGGGCCGAUCCAGCUCUCGGCGCAGGACCUCCAGCAGCUGCUGCAGCUCCAGCAGUUGGUUCUGGUGCCCGGGCCCCCCCUGCAGCCCCCGCCCCAAUUCCUGCUGAGCCCCCCCGGGCAGGCGCAGACAGGGCUGCUGCCCCCCCCCAACCUCUUUCAGCUACCUCAGCACAGCCCGGGGGGGCUCCUGCCCAACCCCCCCCGCGGGGGGCUGCACGCACAGGCGGGGCCGCGGGCGGGGGUCCCGGAGCCCCCCAAGGUCCCCGAGGGAGCCCCCGAGGAGCCGAGCAGCGACCUGGAGGAGCUGGAGCAAUUCGCCAGGACCUUCAAACAGAGGCGGAUCAAGCUGGGCUUCACUCAGGGGGACGUGGGCCUGGCCAUGGGGAAGCUCUACGGCAACGACUUCAGCCAGACGACGAUCUCGCGCUUCGAGGCGCUGAACCUCAGCUUCAAGAACAUGUGCAAGCUGAAACCGCUGCUGGAGACCUGGCUGAGGGACGCAGAGACCAUGUCUGUGGACUCCUCCCUGCCCAGCCCCCCCUCCCUGGGCCCCUCCCCCCUCGGCGCCUUCGAGGGGCUCCCGGGGCGGCGCCGCAAGAAACGGACGAGCAUCGAGACCAACGUCCGGUUCGCGCUGGAGAAAUCCUUCCUGGCGAACCAGAAGCCGACGUCGGAGGAGAUCCUGCUGAUCGCGGAGCAGCUGCACAUGGAGAAGGAGGUGAUCCGCGUCUGGUUCUGCAACCGGCGCCAGAAGGAGAAACGGAUCAACCCCACAAACCCCCAAAAUCCCCAAAAUCCCCCGAACCCGCCCCAAAAUCCGCCCCAAAAUCCGCCCCAGAGCCUGGCCCAGAACCUGGUCCAGAACCUGACCCAAAAUCUCCCGAAUCUCACCCAAAACCUCGCCCCGAACCUGGCGCCGAACCUCGCCAAGGGCGCGGCCUUCGCGCACACGGUGACCCCGCCCGGCUCCGCCCUCGGCCUCCCCGCCCCCGGCGGCCUCGGCACCGCAGGUGUGAUUGACAGAUGCCAGUGA